AUGGCCAGGCGCUUGAGCGCCGGGGUGUUUGAGGCCGCCUCCAAGGCCGUGUCCAAGCUCACAGAGCGUGCACCAGAUCCGGAGGAAGAUCCGGAUUUCCUAGCUCGAAAUCCCCGAUGGGAAGAUCAACUCCCUCCCAUUCAUGGUGUCGGGAAGCCACAGGAUGACAAAGCGCAAUCUACUGCCGCCUUGCUAGCUGCGCUCGAGAAUCUUCCACGCGCUCCCGAGUCCUUGCCGAGGAAGAAUUGGAAGAAGGCUUACAAGGCAGUCAAGCGCAUACUGCUCAUAAGAAGGAAGGCGAGAAGGAGUGCUGUAGGCACUGGAGCUCGGAUGGAGGGUCAUGCUCUAGGGUUUUGGAGUCCUUACAGCUCUGUUCGCCUCAAUCUCUUCAUGUUUCUUCACUGCCAGUACGUUACUGCUCGCGUUUUCUUGUUGGUGGUUGCUUACACUGUUUGCAGAAAAGCGGAAUACUUCCUCUGCUUUAUCAUAUUUUCACAUAUCAUAGUGCUGAUUUUCCAAGUAAAGGUCGGGCACAGAGGUGAAAGGUGGACGGAAGUACGAGACUUCAACCUCGAUUUUCUGGACGGGUUUAUUACCGCACUUUACACGUACGUCUAA